GUCACAGUCAAUGUCAAAAAUACAACUUUAAAUCAUGGCGUGUAAACCGAAAAUCAAACCUUUCUCUAUACAUCCGCUGGGCAUUAUGAUGAUAUGCCUCGGCUGUGCCAUAGUGGUGUUCGUGCACAAUAUGGCGUUGUUGAAGGCCGACGGCGGCGGUGAUGAAGAUAAUAAAGAGGGUGACGAUAAGCAAGAGGGUGACGAUAAGAAAGGUGGUGGCGCGAAGAAAGGUGGUAGUGCUUGGUGGAACGAUGAUAAGAAAAAAGAAGAAGAAGCAGCUGAAGAAGGAGGAAAUGAAGAAGCACCGGCUGAAGAAACCGAAGGUGGUGAAGAAGAAGGAUAGCACAUACAGAAUAUUAAUAAUAUUUUGGUUUCAUCAAUAAAUUUGGGCAAACAGAUAAUCAAAUAAAACAUUAGCAUUAGACAUAUA